CGGAAACAGAGCAGAGGAUGUAAAUAUGGCGAGCGUACUCAAUGCUGGUAAUUUACUGCGUGGAAUAUUUCGAAGUAGUUGCGCUGAAAUCAGUUUAAGGCGAUGUGCUUACCUAUCUUCUAUUUCGCGACGCCGUGGAAGCUCAGAUUCAAGGUAGAUAAUUCGUUCUUUCAAAACUUCGCGGAGGCGAAAAUUGCUACAGGCAUCGUAGAGAGUCUCUGAUCACCGGUCACGUCAAUGUCAUACAUUUCCAUGUCUUUCUAUUAAUUUACGAAAAUUGUCGUCAAACCUUCUAGAUCGAUUCGAUUACGAAAUAUUUACACGAUGACCAUCGCAUCUAAGAGUGAAACGUUUCAAUAAAAAUUUUGUAUUUUAUUGCACAUUAUUAUUGAAUGAACACCUACACGAAGUAAAAUGUUUCUAAAAGUUUGAGAAGAUUUCACAAAAGAAGUGCAGCAUACAAAACUUGCGAUCGCCUCAGCUAAAUGUGGAUUAAUAGAAUUUUUCUUUCCUUGAUUAAAAGUUUGGUAGGCAUAUUGCUAUCUGACAUUCUAGCUUCACUAAAAUUGGAAAAAAAUUAAAUUGCAUUAAAAAAAAAAAGGGAUAUCUAUUUUAAUGUGUUGUGCAGUACUUUAAUUUUAAUUUUUCCAUUUAAGCUCUUCUAAACUGAGUAAACGUUUGAAGGAAGAUGCAGAAGUUGUUAUCAUUGGGGGUGGUGUUCUGGGCACCAGUAUUGCAUACCAUUUGGCCAAACAAGGCAUGAAGGAUGUUGUGCUCUUAGAAAAAUCAGAAUUAACAGCAGGAUCGACAUGGCAUGCAGUAAGUAGAUUGCAUAUUUGUGCAAGAGUAAAUUAUUGCAUGUUGAACUGUAAUUACACAUUGGGUAGCAAAAAAUUUGAUGUACAUGGACUUGAGUAUAGGGAAUCUAGCCAUAGUAUACCAUCAUUCUUCAGUUUAUGCUCCUGGCAUGGCUGAGCCUUCUUGCACACUGGAGGCAUUAUCUCAGUGAGAGGUCCUUUGUAGCUCAAUGGGACAGCAUCUGACUGCAAAAUCGGAACAUGUUAGGUUUGAAUCCUCAGGGGAACUCAUGCUUGAGAUUGAAUAACAUCUUUCUGUUUUCAUAUCUGUUAACAGGCUGGGCUGACAACAUAUUUCAACCCUGGAAUAAAUGUCAAACAUCUUCACUAUUACAGCAUUCAGCUUUACUCAAAAUUAGAAGAAGAAACAGGGCAGGUAAUUAAGAUUUAACUAUAAAUGUUUGGUCAACAUUAUCACAUUUCAGUUUUUUUGGUCAAGAGGUUGGUAAUUAAAGUAUUUAUAUAAUAAGCUCAGUUAUGCACGCAUUCUGAUUGGUUCUCACUUAUGAUCUAUUGAAGGACAGACAUAUAGAUGACAUCAUCUUUAUUAUAUAAAACAAAUAGAUUCCAAGUUGCCGUGCGUCUGUUCAGUAAUAGAUCACAGAGGGCGUCAAAAUGUGGUAAGAACAUUAGUGACACACUCGGCUGCGCUUUGUGUGCUACUUUUUUGUUCUUACCACAUUUUAAUGUCAUCUGUGAUCUAUUACUGAACCGAAGCAUGGCAACUUGGAAUCUAUUUGGUAAUAUAUACUUUUUGGUUAGUUGUUUGAAUAAAAUUGUCCCUACCCUUUGAUCUCUAUAAAAGACAAGCUUGUAAUUACUCCUUACAGUUUCACUGCUGAAUCACACCUUGAGGUCACAAGAAUAAUAAGAAUGAUCAUCUAGUGAAGAGGCUCUGGAUUAUCAAACAAAUUCUCUCUAUCACCACCUUAGUAAUUACAUAGAGAACAGUAUGGGGAAAAAGGCUUACUUAAUGAAAUGGGUUUUUGAAAAUAUUGAUGAAAGGUUGGAAAUGUUGAAAAUCUUAGCUCUUGUGAACACAGCAAGUAAUAAGUUUAUGUUUGUAUUUCUCAUAGAAUGUAGGAUUCCAUACUCCAGGCAGUUUGCGGCUGUGUACAACACCUGAACGCAUGGAUGAAGCAAAAUACCAGAUGCAGAGACAAGGAUGGCAUAAGGCACCCCAGUGGUUGGUUACUCCUGAUGAAAUUGCAAAGAUGCAUCCACUCCUUAAAAUGGAUGAUGUUUUGGGUGGCUUAUUUAAUCCUGGUUAGUUUUACUGUAGUGACUACAGUAUAUCUGAAAAUUAUUUGCUGUGGAACCCUGUAUUUAACAGCGCUUUUCAAAGUUCAGAUAUAUUUACCCAUUAAUUACUGUAAUUUUCACUUUAAUUAAGCAGUUAUGGUCACCAUUUGCGGAGUCCCAACUGGCUUUUUGUAUUGUCCUCCACAUGUAUUGAAGAGCCAAUCAAAGGGAACCACUAAAAAAGAACUAAGACUUAUCUUUCAAGCAAAAUUUAAUCCAAGUUUUUUAUCUCCCAAAAUCAACAUCUGUAGUGGUAAAUUAUGGCAUAAAAUGAUGUUUUUAAUCAUGUUUUUUUAUAUUACCCCUAUUCUAUGGAACCUUUAUUGAGCAUUCAUCCUGUAUUAAGGGGUCACCAUGCCAUUUCUUGUGGGUGAUAACUUAAUACAGGUUUGACUGUAUUUAACUUGGCAGAUAAGCAUGCUCAAUUGCUUUAUUACAUUUAUUUAGAUCUGGUGAUAGUUAGGUGUGUCAGGCUAGAUAUAAAGGCUGUAAUUUUAUAGUAGUGUAACAUUAAUUUAUAUUAAAAUUCUUCAGAUGAUGGCCACAUUGAUCCUUACUCACUGACACAAGCCCUGGCAAUUGGAGCAAGAAAUUAUGGAGCCAGUCUUUACCUGCCAGCACCUGUCACAGGGCUGAACCAUAGAACUGAUGGCAGCUGGGAUGUUCACACUGAACAUGGAACCAUCAAAGCCAAGCAAGUGGUUAAUGCUGCAGGUAAUGAAAAUGAAAAUAGAAAUGUCUGCAAGUCAUGUACAUGAAAUUACAUUUUCUCAUUUUCCUUCAGAGUACUCAACAUCUGCAAUUGUUGUUUUAACCCUUUGACUCUUGAGAGUGACCACUGUCUUAUUUCUCAACACAACAUAUCAUCCCUGAAUCAAACAUACGGUUGUAAGAAUAAAGGAAAUGAUCACCAAAUAAAAUAGUUCUUGAUUGUUAAACAAAUUCUCCUUGUCAGCACCUUAGGAAAUGUAUAGAGAACAGUAUGGAGAAUAUGCAUUCUGAUGUUAAAGUGUUGAUGGUUAGGGUGGCUCACACGUGCAAAAAUUAGUAGUAUGCGAGAAAUGCCUAAUCUCUGCAUAAAAUUUACAUCUCAAGUUGCUUGAUAAGACAUUUCGUUAUGAUGGUCAGCUGAUAUAUUGUCUGUCAAAACAAUAUUGUCGACACAAUUUGUCGAAUUUAAUAACGUUAGAUCUGCCCCACAGGGGAUUCCCUGUGGGGUGCCUCAAGGUUCUAUUCUUGGUCCCUUAUUUUUUAUCCUGUAUGUUAAUGAUUUGAACAAUGCUUCCCUGCUUGAUGCAAUCUUGUUUGCUGAUGAUACAAACUUAUUUAUCUCCCAUAAUGAUCCUGUUUAACUAAUUAACACAUUAAAUAGAGAAUUAAACAAAUUGUCAACUUGGUUUGCAGCAAACCGGCUCUCCUUGAAUUUAGCCAAGACUAAUUUUAUGGUAUUCGAGCCUUGGCAAAAGAAGCAAUCCUUUGAAUUUCAAGUUUUCAUAAAUGAGCAGCCUAUUCUUCGUGUUUCUGAGACCAUGUUUUUGGGUGUUUUAUUAGAUGACAAUUUGACCUGGAAAUCGCAUAUAUCCUUAACAGCAAAUAAAUUAUCCAAAUCUAUAGGUAUUAUUCAUAAAUCUAGGUUUUUUCUCUCUACUCACUCCCUUCGUACUUUAUACAAUUCUAUGAUCCUUCCAUAUUUGUAUUAUUGCAAUUUAGCUUGGGCUGGUACCUAUAAGUCAAACCUUCAAAGAAUUGUAACCUUACAGAAACGUGCGUUAAGAAUAGUAAGCAAUUCUACAUACAUUGCCCAUACUGGCCCUAUUUUUAAGGAACUUAAACUCUUAAAAUUUCAUGAUAUCCAUUUGUUUCAAUUAGGUACUUUUAUGUUUUCAUUCGAGAACUCUACACUCCCUUCCAAAUUCAAUAACUUUUUUUUACUGAAUAGUCAAAUCCACAAUUAUAAUACUAGGAAUGCUCAGUCCUUCCGUUUGCCACUGUGCAGAACGAACACCAGGAAGUUUUCAAUUUACUUUCAAGGUCCAAACUUUUAUAAUUCGCUAAAUUCUGACAUAACUUAUUCUCCCUCCUCCGCUUCUUUUAAAAGAAAGCUUAAGGAAUUUCUUCUCUCUAGGUAUUAACUUCUGUAAGACAGUAAUUCUUAACUAACUUACUUAACAUGUGUGUGCGUGUGUGUGUGUGUGUGUAUGUGUGCGCGGUCAAAGUUAAUUACCAUAAGUCCAUAUUGUAAUUCUAAUAUAAGAUUAGUUAUUUUAAGUGAGAAAGCCUGACUUGUUAUAAGCCUCGUGGUUUCUUUCAGGUUUUCUCGCCAUUUAUUUUCUGUCAUCAAUUUUCUUCAUUUUUUUUUUUCCAUCUGUAAAUGUCGUAUAUGGCAAAUAAAUAUUGUAUUGUAAAUAAAUAUUGUAAUAUUAAUUAUUUUCUCAGUGUAAGUAUUUUAGGGUGCAGAGCCACUUUAAUUUGGUGAGGUCUGAGGUCACAAUGCAUGCAAUUUGGAAUGUAAUUCAUUUACAGCAUGAUAGUAAACACCAUCAAGUGGUUACCUAAUUUUAUUUUUGUUAUUCUAUUUUAUGCUACUUAUAAUUUUAUUGUUGUUGCAUGUAGGAUUCUGGGGUCGCGAAGUUGGUCGAAUGGCAGGACAUGAGCUUCCAAUGGUUGCCAUUCACCAUCAAUACAUUGUCACAUCUACCAUUCCUGAAGUUGCAGCUCUAGAACAUGAAGUACCUGUUAUAAGAGAUCUUGAAGGAUCUUACUACUGUCGACAAGAGAGAAAAGGCUUGUUAUUUGGACCAUAUGAAAAUGCAGACCUGAUGAAGUUGCAAGAUGAAUGGUAUCCUAUUUAUACUUAAAUUGCUCAACUCUUGCAAAGCAAUAUGAUUUUAUGUCAUAAAAUUUUCAGAUUUAAUUUAACAUCAGUAUCUCAGCAAGUGUGCACCUACCCCUCCCCUAACCCAACAAAGAUUAAUAUAUAACAGGUGGGGUUAAUGUUGAGCUAGGGGAGGGGUGGGUACACUGUGGCCCAGAUACAGACAUUAAUCCAACUUUUCCUUGAUGAACAUUAUUUAUAUUCCAUUCAAAGUUACAUGAAUGAAGUCAUCAAACCAAAAACAUUAUGUUCUUCUUCACCAUAAUGAAGAACCACAGCUUUUUCACAACUUGCAUCAAUUUUUUAAUGAGUGGUAAUAUCAACAUCAGAAAAAUUAAAUGAUUAUCUACAUUUUUAUCAGGUGGGAUGGUGUGACACCAGGAUUUGGAAAGGAACUGUUUGAAAGUGACCUGGACAGAAUUAGUGAUAAUGUUGCUAUGGCAAUGGAACGCAUUCCAGUUCUGGCAGAUGCCAAUAUUGCAAGUGUUGUGUCUGGUCCUAUAAGUUACAGUCCUGAUGUCAGUGCUGUAAUAGGGCCUGCAUUUGAUCUGCCCAAUAUGUGGCUGGCUAUUGGCACUGGUUAUGGCAUUAUCCAUGCAGGUAUGUGCAUGCUUAUAUGUGCAACAUGAGCAUUGCUAUAAGUUUCCUAGAUAUUUUGCCUGGUCACCACAUGUUUACUCACUUAGUUGAACUCACAAGUCUCUUGGCUCUUACUCUUGAAAAUUUAGUUGAAACACAUGAGCUCUUGUGUACUUUUAAGCCUGGUUAAAAAAAUGGUAAAGUCUUUACUCAAGGCAAGUGGCCCUGCACUCAGCUGGACCUUAUUCCAGUUUCCUUAGCAUGAGGCAACUAGGAGUAUCACUGCUCUGUCCUGAAUGGGAGACUACUCCAUCUGCUGCUCUAACAGGCUUCCCUUCCCAUUCACCAGUACCCAUUUAUACUCCUGGGUGGAGAUAGGCUCUGUGACACUAUUGACUUUUGCCCAAGAACACAACACAAUGACCUGGCAGGUUCUCAAACCUGGACUUUUUAACCUUGAGUCCAGUGCACUAACCAAUGGGCCGGUGCGUCUUCAUCUCAGCUUAAUAGCACCCCUGAAUUAAUAAAGUUACAUGAACCUCAAACCAACGCAUUGGAUUUUUUUAUAUAAGGUGGCAUUGGUAAAUACAUUGCGGACUGGAUGAUAGAUGGAGAGCCACCUUAUGAUUUGACUGAACUAGAUCAGGGUCGCUAUGGCAACUGGACAUCAAAGGAGUAUGUGAUGGCUAAAACGAGGGAAUCGUAUGGCUUAAAUAACCAAAUUGGUCAUCCUAAACUAGAAAGGCCUGCAGGACGACCAGUCAGAAAGAAUGGUAUUUUUGAGGUAAGGUCUGUCUUUAGAUCUAAAAAACUGACUCGACUUGAAGCCAAUCAGAGUAAAAGAAGUCAUCACGAGGAACCAGUAAGAACACAGAUUAAAACAAGAAAAUUGCCUGAAACACGGGAAAUGUAGCUGUUUAAGUAUUUUAGACGUAUUAGGCUACUGAAGCAAAAGUGUUUAUAUCCCAGAUUCCUUUUGAUGCUCAUUUGUUUGUUGCUCGAUAGUAUCCAAGUAUUGUGUUAAGACGAGAUUUCUCGUAUCUUCAAUUUUUCGGGUUGAUAAACAGUGCACAAACCAAUAAAUAAUUUUAUACCUUUCAAACUUUUAAGAACCCUUUAUUUAUUUGCAGCGUCUUGUAGAACGAGGAGCAGAAAUGGGAUUCCAUGUGGGUUGGGAGCAGCCAAACUGGUUUGCUCUGUCAGGUGAUGAUGGUGGUUAUGAGCCGAGCUUUAGGAGGACAAACUGGUUUGAACCAGUUGGACGAGAAUACGAAUUAGUUCUCAACAAAGUUGGUGUUAUCGAUCUGACACCAUUUGGAAAGUUUGAAGUGAAAGGAAAAGAUGCUACAAAAUUCAUGGAUAUAAUGGUGGCUAAUGUUUUACCCAAGGUAAAGGAUUAGAGGUGUUGUUGUCUUUUAACAGAACAAAAAACAUGCCAAUUUCACGUGAAACAAAUCUAUAAACUUAAGUUUGAGUUUAUGAACGAGCAAAUUCCGUAAGCAUUUUCUAAGGUCUGUCUUUGGGCAAUAGAGAACUUGGAAAACACAGCGAAUGAGUUGCGAUGAGGAACAAACUGUAAAAAAGGUUUAUGUUUUUUUGCUCCUUUCAGGUCGGCUGCACCAACAUCAGCCACAUGCUAAGUCCAAGAGGCCGAGUAUAUGCUGAGCUGACUGUUUCCACUGUGUCACCUGAGCAUUAUUUCUUGUUGACAGGAAGUUCUUCAGAGUUUCAUGAUCUCAGGUUAGUGCGACGCUUUAAGUUGCUCUAACUGCUGUACAUUGUGUACAUAACACAUCUGCAUUUAUCAACCAAAAAAACUGUGUAACGUAAUUAUCAAUUUAUUAUUCUGAAACAACUUAAUGAAUGGAUACAGUGUACGCGUACGUUGCUGAGGGAAUCCACCUCAACUGUGCACCAACGAUUACCUGUGUUGUGGUUCUAUUUCGUAGUUCUUUUUCUGACUGAAACACGGAUGUUACGUCACUUCCAAUGCUAAAUUUUCUUUUCCUUCCUUUAUACAAAUGUCGAGUCUUUUUUCAAAUGGUGAUUUCACAAAACUUCCGUUUUAUGCCAAGCAAGCUAACCAGCAAGAGGGGACGCCAUCUUAAUUUUGCAAAUUACGCUCAAUUCCAAAAGUUAUGAUGCGCGAAGUACAGGAUGCACAGUGCGGUAUUUUGUGACGCGCCCCUUUGACUCUCAUAAAAAAAAGACUUUAAUCAAAUUUACCUGCAACAGUUUGACAUGUUGUAGAGGUUCUACAUUCGUUAUCAUUCACCACUCCCUCCUCACUAAUGCUUACCUUUCUUUUUUAAUAAACAGAAAUUGUAAUCUGCGCUCUUUCCACUGCGGUAGGAGAGAGACGGGAUGUUCGUUAAAAAUGCUAUUUUUUUGUUCUCCAAUUCUUUGUAGAUGGUUAAAAGACCAUGCCAGCAAGGGGAAUUUUGAUGUCACUAUUGAAAAUGUAACAGAUGAUAUAUCAGUGUUGGGUAUAGCAGGGCCAUACUCCCGCAGCGUCCUGUCCAAACUUACUCCCACGGAUAUGAGCAACAGCCAAUUUAAAUUCUUGACUUUUAAGGACAUUGAACUAGCUGGUCUUCCUGUGCGUGCUAUGCGAAUUUCGUACUCUGGUGAGUAGAACUUUGGGUAGUGGAAAUCUGGUCUUGAUUUCUUGGCCAUAAAUUUUUUUGAGUAUUUCCAGGUUCGACCUCUUUGAUCACUUUGCAUUAUUUAGAAAAUGACAGGUGUUCCUGAUAAUUUCAUUGGGUUGUAGGUGAACUCGGUUGGGAGUUAUACCACAAGAAUGAACACACAGCUGAGCUGUACGAAGCUCUGUUGAGAGCUGGGGAGGAGUUUGGUAUUGGAGACUUUGGUACUUAUGCCAUGACGGCGCUGAGAAUUGAAAAAGGAUUUAGGGCCUGGGGACAAGAGGUAAAGUGUGUCUUUCAAUUCAAUCUCUCACAAGCCGAGUAUCCUCAGGUCAAGCUAUAUAUAUGAGGCGUAAUUAAGUUGUUCUGAUUCCUUGUUGUUCGUUUGGUAGUUUUUUGUAGAGUGGUCCUCGCAUAGUUUGAGAUCUCUGUGGCUUCCUCUUUACGUCCUAUGAAAAAGACUUGACUGAAAAUGGGAUCGCAUAGCGGCGAGAAGAGAGAGAGUAAUAGGAGGAGGACUAAGACCAACUACCAUUUUUUAUUCGCCCACCUGUCCGUAUCCGCUAACUGACAGACCGGCACAGGGUAGAAACUAAAUAGCUACAUUAUAUUUGAGUGAGGAAAAAAUAUAUUCAUUAUCUCACUUUUCAAUAGAUGAAUAUGGACACCACCCCUCUGGAGGCUGGCUUGGAUUAUUUCAUCAAAUUUGAGAAGGUAAACUAAACACUGACAUAGCUAAACGCUAUAUUACAUUUGGUGACUGAACUCAAGCUUAAAAAGCAACGCUCUAUUUGUUCGUAGGGCGUGGACUUCAUUGGGCGACAAAGUUUACUUAAACACAAGGAGAAUGGAAUCAAAAAGAAACUCUGCAUGUUAACGGUGGACACAACUGAUGUGGAUCCUGAAGGAAAUGAAACUAUUUGGUUUGGAGGAAAAGUAUGUUACUUGUUAUCUGCUUUUGUUUUCGUUUCCUUUUUCCACCCUCCAAAAUUGUUUAUGAAACUCAUCUUUCUAUAGAUUUCACGACUCAUGAUCACACGAGUUUAAGUUACAGCAGCACCUUAUUAAUUCAGGACCAGCGGUUAAAGUUUAUUGAAUCAAGAAAAAAGGAAUCUUAAGACUUCAACAUUUUUAUAAGUCACAGAACAGCCGAAAAAUUUUGAAAAUCUGAUUCACCGCGUUGCCUCAUGGUCUGUCUGACAAGCUUUCUACCGGCUUCCUCGUCUUUUGUUCGUUUUCCUAUCAGCCAUCCCAGGCUCCAUUUUUCCCUUCUCCACCAUCCCAAAACCCAGAGUCCAUGUUACUUGUUCACCACCCUAUCCGUUCUCUGACCGUAUAUUACCAAUCUUAUUCCUUGGAAUCGUACCUCUGUGAACUUCACACUAAAGCAAACCUCUUUGGCAGGUUGUUGGUAACACGACAUCUGGAGCGUACAGUUACAGACUUAAGGAGAGCAUCGCAAUGGCUUACUUACCUCUUGAACUGACGGAACUUGGAUCCCGGGUUGAAGUGGAGCUUUUGGGAGCCAAAUGCCCCGCAACGGUAGUAAAAGAACCACUGUUCGAUACAGAACCUGUGCGCACAAGACGGCAACUAAAAGCUGCCAAAUUAAUCAAAGGAAAGGCUGCUUUAUAAUGUAUAAGAAGACAACAAAGCACUAUCAUCUUCCCCCUCCCCUCUCAUUAGACAUUCCCUUUCCUAUUCAUUAGUUCUAAGAAAUAACUCAUUACGUUUACACGGCUCUUUAUCUUCGCAAGAGGAAGCUAAAGAUUGAAUACAGCAACACACCCCUCCGAUUAGAAGCCUUCCUUAGAGGAUUUAAUCCUGACAGAUAGAACACGCUUUGUGCCUUCCUUCUCAUGUCUAUACAUCGAAACCCAUAACGGUUUGGAUGACCUAAUACGUUCAUAUUCUGUACAGUGUGUGAUUUUGAGUUCGCAUUGAUCAGAACUCAUUCCUAUGGGGUUUUUU